AGAGAAGUAGAGAAGGCACUUGACCACAUCCACUUGCAAACCACCUGAAUUCUCUUCUCCUGACAACAUGUGUUGCAACUACGGGAACUCCUGUGGCUAUGGCUGCAGAUGUGGCUAUGGCUAUGGAUGUGGCCCCUAUUCUGGCUGUGGUUAUAGAACUGGCUAUGGCUGUGGCUAUGGCUCAGGUUAUGGCUGUGGCUAUAGCUCAGGUUAUGGCUGUGGCUGUGGCUGUGGCUAUGGCUCAGGAUGGGGCUGUGGAAGAGGCUCCAGCUGUGGGUGUGGAUAUGGCUCUGGCUGCUGGGGCUACCGGCCCCUUUGCUACAGAAGAUGUUAUUCUUCUUGCUGCUAGACCAUUACUCUCCAAGCACCAUUUGCUUCUGAAAUGUCACAUCUAAAGUGACAAUUGAUUCAGGGAUCCAAACCCCACAAUUUCUACCUCCAGGAAACUGCAUGCUUGACAGAGGUUUUGAUCUUCAGUAAACAUUUUUGUGCCUGGAGGCUAUGUAGCAUCAUCUGAGUGUUUCCCAAAUGUUAGUCUUUAUUCUCUUAUCUGGAUUCUGUGUUGUGACUAUGCCAGAGAUGCUAAUGUCCCAUAAUUGGCCAAAUUGCUAUUCUCAAUAAAAAUGGUUCUUUGCUUCUAACAAA